AUGGCCCUGGAGCCAUCUCCGCUAAGCUUGGAACUGUUCUUCUUAGAAGGAGUGAGAAUUCAAGCAACAGUGGAAGUGAAAGUGAAUGUAAAACCUUUCUGGUGUGGGAUUGGAAACCCAUAUCAACAGUUAAGUGAGCUGCGUGCUGUGUUGGAUGCUGUUUCCAGGGCAAUAGGCCAGGGCGGCUGGGGAGGGGUCGGCUUGGAACCAGCGGCGGGGCUGGGGGUUGGUGGCAGACAGGGACCCUCGAUUCUGACCCCGACCCUGACCCUCGCGGCCUGGAAGGCCGUUGCGGACAACCUGGAGGACGACCUGGAGGCGGCUGCCGACAGCUGUGCAGCGCCCGUGGGGGAUGCUGCGGGGAGCGCACGGCGCCCCUCCGGGCUGGGGGAGCGCGGCCAGCUUACCAACCUCUGGAUGGCCUCGGGGAGCGGCGCCUCUCUGUGGGCUAGGGCCGGGGCCCGGCGCUCCGGCGGGGAAGAACGGAGAGGCACGCAGCCCUGGCAGCGGGCAGAGAAAGCCCGCCGGAGCAGCGCCCUGUCCAAGGAGUCCAGGUGCGGGGUGAAGGCCCUCGCCACGCGGGCACCCCUUCGCUGGCCGCCCAGCCCACCCCCACUCACCCCGCCCCGCGCUGAUGACAGCACCACCGAGCCAUCGGAUCCCAGGGCCAUCGCGAACUACUCUGAGCUGUUCGCCGCAGAGGUGGGCAAUGUGGAAUGGCUGCGGUUCUGUCUGAAUCGGGACCGCAGGGGAAUCACCACCGAUGGCAAGGGCUUCGCUGCCAUCCACUUCGCAGCCCAGCAGGGCAAGCUUCUUUGCAUGCAGGUCUUAGUAGAGGAAUACAAGUUUCCUGUGGAUUUGCUCACCCACAAUCGCCAGACCCCUCUGCACCUUGCCAUCCGUAAAGACAACAAGACCAUGACUCUCCCCUGCAUGCACUACUUGCUCAAGAAAGGGGCAGACAUCAAUGCUCAGACAUGCAACGGCUCCACAGCCCUGCACCUGGCAGCCUUUGAGGGCCUGCUGGGCUGUAUAAAGGUCCUGGUACAGAGUGGGGCCAAUGUUUAUGCCCAAGACGCCAUCGGCUGCAAGCCCAUUGACUACUGCAAAAUACGGAACUACCGCGCCUGUGCUCGGUUCUUGAAGGAUGCCAUGUGGAAACGGGACAAGAAGGACUUUGCCUGUGAGAUGGAGAAACUGAAGUGCCUCAAGGACAAGCUGACCCUCAUGGAGCACGAUUACCUGAUUGAGUGCCAAAAAGAACAGAAAAUUCAGAGACAAGCUAAUUUCAAAAAGUGGCUCCGUUCCAAGUAUAAAUGCCAGACCCUGGUACCCAACACCAAGCAAGAGGCUGGUGCCCAACCUUGGUCCUCUGCCCACUCCAAGACUCCAAGAACUCAGAUUUCCAAGACCUUCCAAUGCUCAGUGGAGGCACGCCUGCUGAGCAUACUGCAGCCUAAGGUGCUGCCCAAGCCCAUCUACAAGUGGCCCGCCAUCAGUCGGCCCAAGUCAUGGAAUCUUAGUAAUAACCCUGCCAGAUCCCCCGCUACAGAUAUCAGCUGCCCACAGGGCAUCCGCCUGGGCGUGCAUCCAGACCACCACAAGGAGCAUGACUUCAGCAGCUUUUUGGAGGUGAAUAGGGAUGCAGAUGACCAUGUACUUCUGCGCACAGUGGAUGGCCACUUGGUGGCGCCUGUGCCCCAGCUGCCUUUUGAGAUGAUAAUCCGUGCACUAUACCCAAGGGUACAGCCAUACAGGAUGAAGGUGCCCCAGGGCUUAUAUCCCAUCAGUAUAGUGAACGUGCUCAAGAAGCGACACUUGGGCAAGGAUACCUUCUGGACUGACACUCUGGCUAUGAACCUUCGUGAGACAUUUGAUGAAGCCUUCCUGACAGCCUUGCAAGCUCAUCAGGUGCUCCCCACCCUACCCUCCCCCCUCAUCACCCCCAUAAAGUUAUUUUAA